UACAGCAUACACUUUGUGGAGCUCUUGUUAAAGAUCAUAGACUUGAGUACCAGGCAAUAUCGGAGGAACAUCACCAGCUUCACUGCAAAUUCCUCCUUUUGUACUGGCAGAAAUCAGGAAGUUUCACGGAAAUUAUUCCUUGGAUCUGAUGCAGGCUUUGGUAAUUCUUCCUGAAGGUGAAAGGAGACGCAGGCACAGACACAUUUCUGAGAUUAUUCAGCCCUGUCCUGGUGGAACCUCAGAAUCUCAGUCGGAAAAUGCUGCAACUGAGAGUCCAGCUUCUGGAUGACGCCCAUGAAAUAUAUGAGGUGGAACAAAAAGCCACGGGAAAGACCCUUUUCGAUUGUGUCUGCCAACGCCUGAACCUUGUUGAGGAGGAUUACUUUGGAAUGGAGUUCAACAAUCGCUCUGGGAAUAUGGUUUGGUUGGAUCUCUUAAAACCUGUUCUAAAACAAAUCAAAGGUGAGAAGAAAGUUUUGUUUCAAUUCGUAGUGAAGUUCUUCCCACCUGAUCCAGGGCAGCUCCAAGAUGAAUUGACAAGGUAUCUCUUUGCUCAGCAAAUCAAACGGGACCUGCUUGCUGGAAGACUUCAUUGCAAUGAGAACAGUACCGCACUGUUACUGUCUCACAUCAUCCAGGCUGAAGUUGGUGAUUUUGAUGAAGAAUUGGACCAAACACAUUUACAGUCCAAGAUAUAUGUUCCAAACCAGGAACGGCUAGUACACAAAAUAAUGAACUGUCACCAGAAGCUCAUAGGGUUGACCUCAGCGACCUCUGACCUUCGCCUUCUUGACACGGCACGGAAACUGGAGAUGUAUGGUGUCAGGCUCCAUCCAGCCAAUGAUGGUGAAGGAACACAGAUCAAUCUGGCUGUUUUACAUAUGGGCAUAUUGGUCUUUCAGGGCAAGACAAAGAUCAAUACAUUCAACUGGGCCAAAAUACGCAAACUGAGUUUUAAGAAGAAACAUUUCUUUAUCAAGCUCCAUUCCAACAUUUUUACCGCCUCAUGCAAGGACUCCUUGGAAUUCCUGAUGGCAAGUCGUAAUGCGUGCAAGCACUUCUGGAAGACCUGUGUUGAAUAUCAUGCUUUCUUUAGGCUUCCUGAAGAACCCAGAUCAAAACCCAAGCCCAUUCUUUACAGCAAAGGAUCCAACUUUCGAUACAGUGGAAGAACGCAAAAGCAACUGGCUGAGUAUCUUAGCAAAGGAGAUUUUAAGAAAGUGCCAUUUGAAAGGAGGCCUGGUAAUGUACAAUCUGAGGAAGAUUCAUCAGGAACAGGCCUUGAGCUGGGGUUACAGGUCAAGGGAUUGCCACAUGACCUUCAGGGCAUUGGGCAACCAGGAAACAUCCAGGAUAAGAUGGAGCCAAAGGCAGCACAGAGAUGGAGGAAGGAGUCGGCAGUGGAGAUUGUGUUUAGCACUGAACUGGAGAGGUCCAAGCCCGAGGCGGACCCAGCAUCAGAACCUCUCUCCAGCCGCAAUGUCUCCAUUCCUUCCAUCAGUGACACUGGGACCAAGAAGGAUCUGGUGCACCUGCAAAAAAGCAGGUUACAGUUUCUGACUAACCGUACCAGGAAGGACACUGAUGCAGCAGAGUUAACACGUGGGAACGCACCCAAGUUCACAAUAGGGAGCCAAUGCAUCAGUGAUAAUUUCCCGAAUUCAGACACUUUAAUGGAUGGAUCUCUCCAACCGACGCAGCACAUGUCAACGGAUGAAGAAAUUGUUAGACUUUCGGGUGUAGCUCGCCCAGUCAGCUUACCCGCUUCCAGCUUCUUAGCCAAUUAUGGGUUCUACCAGCGGGCUGUGAUGAGGGGUAGCUAUGGCAACACUCUGAAUGCAGUGAAGGAGGAGGACAACCAACAGGAUGACAGUCUACUGCCUUCCAAAAGGUCACGCAGCCAAUCGGAUGUGAAGACCCUCGGCCUAGUCCAUGUGCCAGAGUUAAGGCCCCUGUCUCACUUGUUGCCCUUGGGUCGGAGACAGGCUCUCAGUAAACUGAGUCCUGUGCAUCCAGUGCACGGGAUGCUACAACGCAGAGAGGUCCUGCAGACAACAGAACGAUACAUCAGCAGUGGCACGGAGUCCAGCGACUCAGACUCGGAAAUAAUCAGCCCCUACUUCCAUCCUCGUCUUUUCGGCAAAGCUCUGCGAUCCUCAGCACUGAAAGGAGGUCGGUUUUCCUCAGCCUGCCUCCAGUUAGAUGAAGCGGCUUCACUCGAUCCAAAUUGUGCUGACAAGCUCAGACACCUGACGAUCUACACUGACUUCAUUUAGCCUGGGGUCGACCCAGCUACACAGCUUCCUCGUCCUGUCACCAAUCCAACUAUUGUCAUUGCCAUCACCAUGACCACAAGUUGACUGUUGUUGGAGUUCUGUCAGCAUCUCCAUAAGACAAUGACCUGAACUGUGAGAUUGUGUGUUGGACUCUCCCUGAUCUCUCUUUCAUUACUAUGUUGUCUACUGUGAAGGGCACACUCCAUGUAGUUUAUGGACAAUAUUGGUCAUUUAAACAAUUCACUCAUCUACUGUCUGAUGGUAACUUGUCCAUCAAGAACAUUGUUCUCCUCUGUUAAAAAUCUAAUGUUAUUGCUCCUUUUAUGAGAAGACUUAGUUAAUUAACUAGCAUUACUAUUGACUUGAAGGUAGUGGUGUCUGUUGCUAAUGUAACAGGUUUAGCAUCAUUCAUGGUAGUUAUGCAAGUUAUAUUCAGUCCCUCUCUAAUGCUGCCACAAACAUGUUCUAGAGAAAUAUUAAAGGCUAUGGCACAGAUAAAAGCUGUGGAAAUGUAUUGCAUGGUAGAUGUCAGGUAUACCUCCAGGGCUACCUCAAUGCAGGCUGUAACGACAUUUGUGUAAUACAACCUUAUUGAUAGUGAGUGAUAAUAGAAAUCCUUUUAGUGUGAAAGCAGGCCAUUCAACCCAUUGAAUCCACCCUGACCUUCUGAAGAGCAUCCCACCCAGACCUAACCCG